AUGCCCUACAGGCAGGAACAGACCCAGGGCUGGAGAAAACCAGGGGGAGUGGCCACUGCAGCUGGCAGUCAGAAAGUCUCCUUGGAGGAGGAGGCAGCUGAGCUGGGCCUAAACCAGGAGCUCCCAGGGAACCAGAGGACAGGGCACAUGGGGAGCCAAGGGACCCUCCAGGGAGGAGGGUCCGCUGGAGUCAAGGAAAGGGAUGGGAGUGGAGGUUGGAGGGUGGUGGAGGAGAGGAUGGCAGUUUCAGGCGGGGCCAUUUGGAAGGCCUUCCAAGCCCUAUGCCUGGUGGAUGUGAUCCUGGGAUCCUCAGGGUGGGGAGUUCUGCUUCAUUAA